AUGCGAAGCUUCGUCUAUAAUGCGUCGCCGGCACGAGUGAUCUUCGGCCAGGGCAGCGUGAAGAAACUCCCAGAGGAGUUGGCUCGCCAGAAUCUCAAAGCCCUAAUUGUUCUUUCAACUCCCCAACAGGCGAGCCUCGCCGAGUCUCUAGAGCUGAGCCUCAAUGGCAAAGUCGCUGGCGUUUUCACUGAGGCCGCCAUGCACACACCAACUUCGGUAACAGAGAAAGCACUCGCCUAUGCGCAAGCCAUCAAUGCAGAUUCAAUCAUCUCAGUGGGAGGAGGCAGCACGAUUGGCCUCGGAAAGGCAAUUGGUAUCCGUACAAAUUUACCACAUAUCUGCAUCCCAACGACUUAUGCAGGUUCAGAAAUGACGCCUAUUCUUGGGGAGACAGCGGACGGGCAGAAGAGGACGAGGAGUGACCCAAAGAUCCUGCCUGGCACGGUUAUUUACGACGUCGAUUUGACUUUGACGCUGCCGGCUGAUAUGAGCGUGACAAGUGGGCUCAAUUCGAUUGCACACGCUGUUGAGGCUCUCUACGCCCAGAACGCCAAUCCCAUCAUCUCUCUCCUUGCGAAAGAGGGCAUCAAAGCCCUCGUUGGAUCACUCCCCAUCAUCAUCGACGACCCGUCUAACCUCGCCGCUCGUUCAGCAGCUCAAUAUGGCUCCUGGCUGUGUGGGCUCUGCCUCGGCUCAGUCGGGAUGUCAAUCCAUCACAAGCUCUGCCAUACUUUAGGUGGCAGCUUCAACAUGCCCCAUGCCGAAACGCAUACAAUAAUCCUUCCUCACGCGUUGGCGUACAACGCACCCAAGAUCCCAGAGGUCAUGGAGGAGUUGGCAGCUAUAUUUCCGGGCAGUGAGGGGGAUGCGAUUCGGGGACUCAAUAUGCUGCUGACGAGACUGAAGGUGAGGCGUGCAUUGAAGGAUUUUGGACUCAAGCAGGAUGAUGUGGAGAAGGCAGCCGAGCUGGCAGUGGCCAAUUCGUACUGGAAUCCAAGAGAGAUCGAAAAGGAUCUGAUUGAAGAGUUGAUCCAGAGAGCUUAUGAAGGAAGCGAGGCGAAAGCAGACCUUUGA